UAACUGCAGAACCGCACCGUAUCGUCUCUCUGGAUCAGUCGGCCGUUUACUGGAUGAUGCAAUGCUGGUUUACGUCAGAUCCUGGAGAAAUGAUGGCGAGGCAGGCCGGAGAAAGACAACAACAACAAAGAAUGAAAUCAAAAUAAAUAAAUCAAAAUAAAUAAUACAAACCCGGAUCACUAUUACAGAGAUAAGCGGCUUCACGACGACUCCUCAGCGAAAUGGCGGCUGAGGAGGUGAGGGAAGUCGUUCGCGUGAGAGUAAAGCUUUGGAGAAAUCAAUCUCAUCUAGUAGCUAACAUUCGAUCAUGGGGAACCAACCCUCAGAGGUCCAUGGCUGCAGCUGCCACAAGUGUGGACAAUCACUUCCACCUUGCACAUCUUUCGAUAAUUUUAAAAAAGAAACAGUGGAAGGUCGCUUUGUCUACGUAUUCAAUGGUGGACAAUAUUUCAGAGAAGUGGGCAGGGAUAAUGCCUACGAGUGCUGUGAUUGUUUCUUCAAACCAAGGAGAGAUAGAGAGAGAUGUGAGGAGGAAGAGAGGAGGAGGAAAGAAGCAGAGGAGAGACAAAAGAUGGAAGAGGAGAGGAAAAGGAGAGAAGCAGAAGAGAGCAGGAACUGAGAAGCAGAGGAGAGAAAAAUGCAGGAGGAGAGGCAAAGGAUGGAAGAGGAGGAGAGGAAAAGGAGAGAAGCAGAGGAGUUGAAGGAAAGGCUGGCAAACACCAAAAAGCAAAAGCAAAAGCUGUCAUGGAAAGAUGUAAGGUCAACGCCCUGGCAGAAAACAAGACAAAAAGGGAAACACUAGUCAGCCAGUUUGAUGAAUUUGAAGCUGUAAAUGAAAAAGAAAAAAUAGCCCAAGAAUCCAACGAUCAAGAGUUGCUCAAUAUUCUUGCUUCAGAGUGUGGCAUCCCUGUUUCCAAUAUGGAUCUCAGUCAGCUAACCCUGGAUCAGGUGGAGAAAAUCACUGAAGUCCUCAACACUCUCCUGUUUAAAGAAUGGAUUUCUCAGCCCCCAGGAAGAAGUACCUUAACUCAUGCCCAGGUUGUGAUCACUGAGCUGGCACUAUCCUUGAUGGAUAUUUCAGACAUUACCACAUUGGAGAGUGUUGCUGAUCAGGUUCAGUUCCUGAUGGAAACCAUCAACAGUUCAGGGAGGAAACUGAAUGAGUGUCUUCAGUUUACACAAGCACUGUUUCUAACACUCCUCAGCCAUCAAGGGGAAAGCAGUGGUGAUUAUGUAAAGAAUGAAACAAUAACCAUGAAAAGGCUCAAAAGUGAACAGCUUUCAGAGGCAGAAACCUAUGUCCUCAAGUUUCUAGAUAUUCUUCUCAUUUCCUUCCAAGAAGUACAUGACCCGAGAUUUGCUGCUGGACCACUGAAUGUCGAAAAUAAAUGCUUUGAGAUUCUACUGACGACUGCCAUGCAACCCAUUAAUGAAGGCUGUCAAUCAGACCUCAUUGCAAAGCUUUUUGGACUUGUGCACUCCAAUCUAUGGAGGCCAUUACAAGCACUGGAUCUUUUUUGUGCACUGAUGGAAAAGUAUGAUAAGGAUACCAUUGUGAAUGUGUUACAUUUGGUGGAAACCUAUCGUGUUCCUCCUACGUGGCAAGACCUUAAAGGCAGGACUAUAAGCAGUCUUAUUGGCACUAAAAGUUUCUACCUGGAAUUUUAAAAUGCUCUGAAAGGGGAUGAUGAAAAAAGUCUUGAUGUCAUUCUGAAUGAAAUAAGACAGUCAAAAGAUGCUGACAUUGAAACUAUUGAAAAAGUGCGCUGCAUAGUCAAAGAAGUGCAGAAUCUCAGCAGCCAAUGUCAAACAAAUGAAGACAACACAUUUUCACAAGCCUCGUUAAAGGAUUGCAGCAGGGGAGUUGAAGAUCUUCAGAAGAUUUUACUGACUCUGUGCAAGGCAGUUCAUAAACUUAAAAAAUGGUGGCCCAGAGUUACUCAGAUGGUAAGUUGGUGUUUCCUAGCACUGUCGAGCUCUGCCAAACUUCUGGAAGUCGGGACUGGGGAGGGGAAAUCCUGCAUCAUAGCCAUGUUUGCAGCCAUGCGAGUGCUUAUGGGAGAAAAAGUAGACAUAGUUUCUAGUUCUUCUGAAUUGUGUAAGCGAGAUGCAGAAGAUUGGAAGGAAUUCUACAGUUACUUCAACAUUACAGUGGAUGUGAACACCACCCAAACAACAGAUGAAGAUCGAUUUGAAUGCUACAAGUCUGACAUUGUCUACGGCACUGUGGAGGCCUUUGCUGCGGACCAUCUUCGCCAGAGUUUUGAGCUGAAGAAAAUAAGGCCUGAUCGUCAGUUCCAAUGCAUCAUAGUCGAUAAGGUGGACUCUCUUUUGUUAGACCAAGGGGUGCAGUUUACCUACCUGUCAAGUGACAUGGUCAGCAUGCAGCACCUAAACACAGUCCUUGCAAUGAUCUGGAGUGCUGUGAGCCAGCAUGGUUAUGUGGCGACUGAAAGCAAGGUGUUCAUCAGGGGCCCACCACUACCAUUCUACAUGGGGGUAUAUGAUUCCCUCGACACAAAGGAAUUGAAAAUCGAGGACUCAAUUGAUGUCUUAAUGAUCGCUGAAGAACUUGGCCUUGUUCCUUCAGGUUUUACUCAGAGCAUUGAAACUAUCGAAGAAAAAGAAAAAGAUAAUUUAGGGAAGCAAUUAAAAAUAAUAACCCAGGAACAAAUGCUGACUUUCUUCGAAAAGGUUGAGGAAUACCUCCCCUAUCAUUUCUCUGCAUAUAUCCAAGAUGAGAAUGGGAUACUCAGAUUGCAGACCCAAGGAAACUCAGAAGAGGACCCCGGUAUCCCCUUUCUGGUUUUGGAAGAUGGUCUGUGCUGUGCCCUCUGUGAUUCAGAUCAGCACUUAUGGGAACCCAUUGGUAACUAUGUAAGAGAUCACCUGCAGUUCACCCCCUGUGUUGAUGAUAAUAGUAAGCAUAGCAUCCCUGGUUUUCUCCACAAUCUCGUGGAAACAAAGUUGGAAGUCUGGGUUCAGAAUGCCUUUUUAGCCAUCAAGCUGCAGCCAGGCAGGGAAUACAUUGUUAAACAGGACCAAAUCCUUCCUGUAGAUUUCAAGUCCACCGGUAUCGUUGAGCAGAAUAAGAAAUGGGGCGAUGGCUUACAGCAGUUUCUGGAAAUGAAGCACCACACUAAACUCAGCACCAUGUCCACAAUAACUAACUUCAUAUCCAAUGUCGCCUAUUUCAACAAGUACCAGGGAAAGAUCUAUGGGACGACAGGGACUUUAGGGACCGAAGCAGACAUCAAGUUUUUAAAGACACUCUAUCCAAACCUUUCAGUGUGUAGAAUCCCUUCCUUUAAUACGAAGAAGCUGUUUGAGGUCAAAGGCGAGAUUGAGGGCAGUCCAGAUGAGUGGAGGAGGAAAAUCUGCUUGGCUGUUAAAAAUCAAAUCAGCCCUACCUCUUAUGGGAAAGGUCGUGCAGCAUUGGUCAUCUGUGAAAGUAUUAAUCGAGCAAAGGAAGUCUGUACUGAACUGAAAAAGCAGUUAAACUGUGAACCCAAACUGUAUACCCGCAGCGAUAAUGACAACACAAGCAUCACCAACAACGACCUAAAUCCAGGUGAGGUGAUUGUCGCAACUAACCUAGCAGGCCGAGGAACAGACAUUAAGACCACAGACGAGGUGAAUAGGAGUGGUGGGUUAUUUGUGGUCCUCACCUUCCUUUCUCAGAAUGCAAGAGUUGAACGGCAAGCGUUUGGACGAACUGCACGCAAAGGCCAGCCUGGUUCUGCACAGCUCAUCGUGUGCCGCAGCCACCUUCAAGAGACUUUGAGGAAAGCUCCCUCCCUUGAUGCAGUGAAGGAACUUCGGGACCAUCUGGCAGAAACCAAAGUUCAACAUGUCUUGGAGGAUGACAUACCUGAGGUGCUUCUAAGGGAAAAGCUGUUUUUUAAGUACUGUGAAAUUCUCCUCAGUGUGUACCAAGAACUCAGAAAUGUGAGGGACCAAAAAGUUAUAGUUUCCAUUUUAAAUGAGUACUGGGGGAUCUGGCUGCAGCUGAAAUCAAAGCAGAUCUUAGAACUAAAGCAGACGGAACUACUCACAAGUCUGGAUGUCGACAUACGAAAUGCCAAACUUCAGUCGGAAAAGAAUGAAUCCCCUUCGUCUAGUGUUUACCACUACAUAAAGUUUGCAACGAAGCCCUGUUUAACAACAAUUUAG